AUGGCGGAUUCCAGUUGGUUUCGGUUUGGUCAGCGCUCUUGUGCACCUAACGCUCCCCGAUCGCCAACAUCACCUGGACGCGGCCCGACUCGAGUUCCCAGCCACCCAAGCCUAACCAGCCGUUCUUCCUUUUCCCACGUGCCUCACAUUGGCAGCAGUGAUACUAGCUUGCUGGUCCGCGAGCAGGACAAAAUAUGGCACAGCCCGUCACUAAAUCAGAUGGUCGACGGUCUCCAAGUAGUUAUCAUGAUCAAUCGCCAUUCCGAACGACACUCGAGUUUCCUUGAUGCGACCCAAGGCAUAUUACAGCCGAUUCCUGUCGAGUACAACUCUCACAUUCUACACCUCAUUGAAGGAUUCGUUGAUGCCCAGGAGCGAAUUCGUAAAGUUGAUAUUGAUCGUGCCGAGGCAAAACACUCCCUUGAGCAUCACUUGGAGUACUUCAAGGCAGUAGCCGACGAAUGGCUAGAGCGCGAGCAUCAGUACAAGACCGAAAUAAAGCGGCUCGAGGUCCUGCUUUCGAGAACGUCUCGUGAUGGGCUAGAGGCGGUAACUCUUGCUCGAGCUAAUAGUGUUCUUGAUAGAGACAGCCCUCAGGCAAAGCACCUUGUCUCUAAGCUUAAACGUCUCGAUUCGAUGGGCGACAUACCUCGCAUAGUAGAUAAGUAUAUGCCUGGACCCGUUGCUAAGGUUCUAGAUAGAGCCAAUGACUUCUUCAUGAGCGAGAAGAUGCGGCUACAAGAUGCUACCACAAAUACCACAUUAGCUCAUUAUGGAAAUAGAUUUCCGCGUCAUGCGACGGUAGGACCUCACAGACCAAGGAACGACGCAUUGGUGACGAAGGUGGAAACAGAGUAUCCAAACACUCCAGCAAGGGUUGCAGAGUUGCAUCCAUUGUUCUCAGAUGAUGUAUUCGACGUACCAAAUUUGGAUCGUAAAGGGCCAGUACAUCCAGAUGAGUCUACGCAUCAAGAAAGGCGAAGCAGGCGACAUAUACUAGAAAAUCUACUGGAUUGCGAGGUAUCCCAGAACAGUGGCAAAGACACCUCCUCUCGAGAAAAGACCCAUCAAAGAGCGAGUAUAGCUAGAGUCAACCAAGCGCUCGACGGCCCGAGCAUUCGUAGUCUGGACUCUAGACAUUUGCGAGGUUGGUCAGGCGUGUCGGGAUUCUCCUUUGUACCUGGGGAUGAUGCCUCUCCGAUACUCGUUAGUAGUGGGGCCAGCGAUGAGACUACAAUUGCGACACCCGCUGAGGAAUAUGCCAUUAACGAGGAAAUUGUCGAAUCGCGUCCACAUGAACAAGAUAGGGUAAACCCCAUGCAUAAUCUGGGAAGGCCAAUAGAAUCAUGGGAAACCCAGUGGUCGCCAGGCGCAACAGGUGCCGGCGGGCAGGAAUCUAGCACGAGCAAUAUCAAUUCCUCUAACGUUGGGUCUGCGAAACUACCGCUAUGGCGGUAG